AUGGAGCCGGACUCUCGGGUUAUAUGCAAGUGUCCUGCUUGUUUGUUGCGAGGCCCUGGUGGCAAGCAUGUUGCCAGAUCGACCCGGUACUCACACCUCCAGCAGCAACUGAUUCACGAUGCAAGACCCUCUAUUGGACCCUCCACAUUGAACAAGACAUCAAACAAUGACAGCUCGGAGCAUCGAGACAAGAGAAGGAAGACCGCUGGCGCCUUCAAUAUGCAUGCAGAGUCUCCGAGAGGACAAGCAAAUUCGGCUAUUGAGGAUCUACUUUUACAGGAAGAUUCAGACCCGCGUGACCAUUCUGUCGAGCCACAGCCUCCCGCUUGCAGCCCAUCUCCGCCAGGGCCACACCUGCACUAUUCACAGACCCCAGAAAUUGAAUUACCUAAUUUGCAGCUUCAAGCGAUCCUUGCUGCCGCUUCCGCCGGCCAUCCACUCCCACUGCUCAGGAACUCGCUCACUUUCAUUCGAUCUCUCCAGAAUGCCACCCUAGAUAAUAACAGCCUCCUGCCAUUGGUUCUCCAGCGUCUCUGUACCCCUUUGCAACAUUGCGCUGAUAUGACAGACCCUAAUUUACGAUGCUUGAUCAAAAUGUUCCUCGGCUCAUUGACUGCUUCUGAGGAGGUUUACACCAUUAUGCGAGAUGCUUGUAUGGAACAAAAUCCGAACAACCAGAUUCUCACUGGAUCAGGUCAAACGGAAGGUGGCAGAACUUAG